AUGCCAGCUCUCACCGUCACCCCGUCCGACUCCCGCCUCCACUACUCUGGCUACGUGCACCUGAACUUUGAGGCCGGUCGAGCGCGCUUUGACCGCCAGUACGGCUCCGGAAGCAUGAGCGGCUACGGCCCGGCGGCGGCGCUGAACGGCGGCGCGCGGAUCAGCUGGACGGCGGCGGCAGAGCAGACGACCGUCCGGCUCGAGUACACGCGGCGGUGUCGGGUCGGCUGCUCCGUCAACCUGGACCACGAGUCCUGCUACCGAGCCAACGACGUCGGCGCCGGGUCAAAGUGUGGCAACCCGUGUGCGGCGGAGCUGCUCGUGCGAGGAGAGCCGAUCCACGCGCCCGGGCUGCGGCUGGCCAACGGAUCGUACAUCGGCCUGCUCGAGUUCACGCUGCCGCCGCCGCCGACGCGAGGCGCCGAGCACGACUACACGCUCAUGCUGCCGUGGGGCGCCGCCGUCGACUUUCGCGGCCUCCGCCUCUCCUCGCUUGCCGACACGCCGCGCAUCUUGCCGCCUCCGCCGCCGCCGCCCUCCGCUGCGCCGGUGCGGUACGUGGCGUACGGCGACUCGAUCACGCAGGGCUUCUGCUCGGGAGGCCCCUCCUACCCGGAGCGACUCGCCCGCCUCGCCGGCUGGACGCCAGUCAACAUGGGCAUUCAGGGCCUCGCCGCCGCCUCUGGAGCCGCGUGGAGGCACGGCGCGGAGGUCGGGGCGGUCGUGGGGCGGGAGGCCGACCCCGCCGCCCGCUCGCUCGUCACCCUCCUCAUCGGCAUCAACGACUGCUUCUCUCACGUCGUCGAUGGCGCCGGCUGGCCUGCUCGAGGGCAGGGGUCGACGGGAGAGGCGGUGGGCAGGGUGGUGGACCAGGUGCGGCAGGCGCAGCCGGGCGUACCCAUCGCCGUCAUCACACCCAUCCUGACCGCCGGCCGCUUCAUCUCGCGGACGAAGGAGGAGAAAGAGUUGCGCGGAGGCAGAGAGCUGGGAAUAGGCCUCCACCCGACGACGGACGGCUACGACGACAUGGCCGCGUCGCUCUACGGCGAGCUCGGCUUCUCUCCGCUCGCCGCCUCGGUCACCGACUGCUCGCCGCUGCGGCUGCGCGUCUCUGGCGCCACGCCGGGAGGGGAGGUCGUCCUCUUCUUCCGCCGCAGAGCGCCGCCCCUCGCCGAUGCGGGCGGCUCCCUCGCGCCGCAGUACAUGUGCCGCGGCCGCGGGCUGAUGCUCUCGCCGGACGGGCUCGUCGACGGGUUCGCGGACGAGGCGGGCGAGGCGAGCAUGCUGGCCCCGGCCGUCUCGUGCGGCACGGCCCAGUGGCAGCUCCUCGACCUCUCCUCCUGCCUCGUCUCGCGGCUGGGCCACGCGGCGGCCAGAAACGGGACCGCGGGAACACUCCGCGCUAUGAUGCCUUCGCCGCCGCCGCCGCCGCUGCCGCCGCCGCCGCUGCUGUCGCCGCCGCCGUCGCCGUCGCCAACGCCGCCGCCGAUGUCGCCGUCGCCCCCGCCGCCUCGCCCCCCGCCGCCGCCCUCGGGACCGGUGCCGCACGCGUUUGUCUCUCCGUCCGCCGCCACGGGUCUGCGGUGGUGGCCCGCCGCGCUGCGCCGGCCGCCGCCCCCGCCCGGGACGGCUCCCCCGCCUCGCAACUUGGCUGCGCUUCGGGGGGCGGCAGCCCUCGCCGCCGCCGCCGGCCUCGUCGCGCUGCUCGCCGCUGGCCUCCUCCCUCGCCGGCAGGCCGGCCGACGCGCCGGCCAGCAAGGCGCCCGCCGCGCCGCGAGGUACGCCCGCGGCCGCAACGGCGAGCUGCCGCCGGCUCCGUCUGACGCGACGGCGAGCGGCGGCCGCGCCGUUCGCCUCGUGGCGCGGCGGGUGGGUCUCGAUGGAAAGGCGCGGCUGGAGCGGCUCGAGGCAGUGGAGGCGGAGGGGCUGCGCUCCGUCCUCGAGCUGCGGCGCGCGGUGCGGGCGGCGCUCGAGCGGCGCGGCGGCGGAGGCGUCGACGGCUUCCGCAUCCUCUACGAGGCGGAGGGGCGAAAGGGCUUGCUGCGCGUGACGCCUCAGACGCCGCUGGAGGAGGUGCUGCAGGCGGAGGAGCUGAGAGUGCACUUGCCGCCCCUCAAGCAGGCGGCGUGCGUGCGAGUGGCUCGCGGAUGAGCGUGGAUCAGGCUGGAGAUCACCUCUCUUGCCAUCACUUGUCCGUACACCGCGUGUGCGGUGCACGCCCAAGACUGCCGUCGCCGCCCAUGUGAGAUGUGUCGCCGCCGCACACGCCCACGUAGGACGCACCCGACGCGCCAGACGCCACGUUUUUGCCCCGUGUGUAUUACGUCCAAUGUCAAAUAAAU